CGGAUGUGUUUACAGCGCUGCAUGUUUUUGAAUCAGCUGAAGGCUGUUCAGUGUCUGGGUUUAGUAUUUUAAUAUAAUAGUAUAAUAUCUGGGUUUAAUAGUUAUAUAAAUAUAAAAAUGGCUUCAGCUAAAGAAAUCCUACAGCUGGAUCUGUACGCUUUACUCGGGGUUGAGGAGAAAGCGACGGAGAAAGAGAUAAAGAAGGCGUACAGACAGAGAGCCCUGAGCUGUCACCCAGACAAAAACCCAGACAAUCCGAAGGCUGCCGAGCUCUUCCACCAGCUCUCGCAGGCCCUCGAGGUGCUGACUGACGCCGCAGCCAGGGCUGCCUAUGACAAGGUCCGCGCUGCCAAGAAACAAGCGGAGGAGAGAACCCGGAGACUAGAUGACAAGAGGAAAAAGAUCAAGCUAGACUUAGAGGCCCGAGAGCGACAAGCGGAAGAAGACUCUCAAAAAGUCGAGGAAUUUAAAGUCUCACGAACGUUAGAAGAAGAGAUCGCCCGUUUGAGAGAGGAGGGGUCCCGGCAGCUGCAGGAAGAGCAGAGGCUGAUUAGAGAACAGAUCCAGAGAGAGAGAGAGGGCAGGCUGCACACACACUCAGAUGCACCUCAGCAAGGCAACAAAAAGGCCACCCCUAAAUUAAAGCUGAAGUGGAAAUGUAAAAAAGAUGACGACACGAACGGCGGCUAUUCUCAGGACUUUCUUCAGCGGCUUCUUCAGAAGUAUGGAGACGUGUUGAACAUUGUGAUCUCCAGUAAGAAGAAAGGCAGUGCUGUGGUAGAGUUUGCAACAGUGAGAGCAGCGGAGCUGGCGUGCAAAAAUGAGGUGGGUCUGACAGAAAACCCUCUGAAAAUUGUCUGGCUGGAGGGACAACCUGAAGCUGCUCCAACAGCACCCAGUCACAUGACCCCAGGAAUGUUCACACCUUCACAGAAUCCUCUGAGCAGUGAGCGGGAUUAUGAGAGUCUGGUGCUGAUGCGGAUGAGGCAGGCUGCGGAACGACAGAGGCUGAUUGAGCAAAUGCAGAAGGAGGACGAGGAGGAAACCUGACCACAUCCCUGAGCGGCUUUACUUUCAUUAAACGAUCCCUCAUUACCGUUCUUAAGUUCCUGUCUUUACUUUUACAGUAAUUUAAAUCCUCACAAAUCAAUAAAGUAUUUUCUUUGGUAGAGGA